AUGGCAGAAGAAGCCGAAAAGGAGAAGUCCGAAAUUGUUGAGGACGAAGAGGAGGCACCAUCAUUUCACCAAGUUGAGGGUCUCCAAGAGCAUGGAAUCAAUGUGGGAGAUAUCAACAAGCUAAAACAGGCUGGUUGUAAUACUAUUGAGUCUGUUAUCAUGCACACACGCAAGGAGCUUUGUGCCAUUAGAGGAUUUUCGGAUGCGAAGGUUGAUAAGAUUUUGGAAGCCGUAGGAAAGGUCUGUCCGACGCAUGCGUUUGUAAGUGCGACUAUUGCUCUCGAACGCCGAGCGAAUGUGAUCAAAAUUACAACAGGGAGUGCGCAGUUCGACACACUUCUUGGUGGUGGAAUUGAGACGAUGAGUGUGACUGAAAUGUUUGGUGAGUUUCGAACGGGAAAAACACAACUGUGCCAUACGCUUGCAGUCACGGCCCAAUUACCAGCAAAUCUGAAAGGAGCCAAUGGAAAGGUUGCUUACAUCGACACAGAAGGUACGUUCAGACCAGAGAGAAUAACGCAGAUCGCAGAGCGUUUUGGUGUGGACCAAACCGCUGUACUUGACAAUAUCCUGAUUGCUCGUGCCUACACACAUGAACAACAGUUCGACCUUCUUGUCGAAAUUGCGGCCAGAAUGGCUGAGGACAGAUUCAGGUUACUCAUUGUCGAUAGUGUUACUUCACUCUUUCGUGUGGAUUUCAGUGGACGAGGCGAGUUGAGCGAGAGACAACAAAAGCUCGGGAAGAUGAUGAACAGACUGAUUAAGAUAAGUGAGGAGUUCAAUGUCGCAGUUGUGAUUACCAACCAAGUCAUGAGCGAUCCGGGAGGAGGAGCAAUGUUUGUUGUCGAUCCCAAAAAACCCAUUGGUGGCCACGUUAUUGCCCAUGCCAGCACAACAAGGCUCUACCUAAGAAAAGGGAAGGGCGAACAGAGAAUCGUCAAAUUGUAUGACUCGCCAAAUUUACCGGAGGCUGAGGCAACAUACGCCAUUGAAGUUGGAGGAAUUGUCGACGCAAAAGAGUAA